GCUGAGUUGAAGCAUACCGCCCAGUCAUGACUGCCCUGAAAGGACCACUUCGCGAACGCUAGUUUUGAUGUGCUCAUCUACUGAUAGAAAGGAAGUAAUAUCCACUUCUCUAACAAAAUAAUACUUUGAGGCGAAAUCAUGUAAAAACUCACGUCUUCCUGCUUGGCUUCUUCGAACCGACCGAGCUUGCGCCGCAACUCGAUUUUUAUUCGACAUAUUGUGAGAACAUGCUGCCACCUGACUGACUUGUGACAUGGAUCCUGAAGAAGUCGAGUUGCAGAACGACUACCGCUAUCGUAACUACGCGGCGGUCAUCGAGAAGGCGCUGCGAAACUUUGAAUCGUCGAGCGAAUGGGCAGAUCUCAUCUCCUCCUUGGGCAAGCUCAACAAGGCCCUGCAGAGUAACCUCCGCUACUCCCUCCUUCCCAAGAGGCUCAUCAUUGGCAAGCGUCUGGCACAGUGCCUACACCCGGCCUUACCCAGCGGGGUGCACCUCAAGGCUCUGGAGACCUACGAAGUCAUUUUCAAAAUCAUUGGGACAAAAUGGCUGGCCAAGGAUUUGUUCAUUUACAGCUCGGGUUUGUUCCCGCUGUUGGGCCAUGCAGCCAUGGCUGUGAAGCCUGUUCUGCUCACGCUCUACGAGCGUUACUAUCUGCCAUUGCAGAGGGCGUUACUGCCCAGUCUUCAGGCAUUCAUAACAGGACUACUGCCUGGCCUGGAGGAAGGACUGGAGGUCAAUGACAGGACCGAUGCCCUGCUGCUUAAGUUGUCUCUGCUGGUGGGUCAGCAGGUGUUCUAUGGAGCACUGUGGGGUUGUAUACUGGUCAGCCCGUUAGUGCGACUGCCUGCUACUAUCUUUAUCGUCGCACACUUUGACCGAAACUUGCCCCUGCAACAGCAGAAACACAUGCUUGGCUAUGACCGUUGCCUGGUGAUGAAGUCUGUGUGUCUUUCCUUGCAAGACUCCAAUGUGCUGGUUCAAAGGAACAUGCUGGAAAUUCUGCUCUUCUUUUUCCCUUUGGCCACCACCCUGGUCCCAGCAGAGGCCAACAUCGUAACGAGCAUUGAAGACAUGACCACAGUGGUCUCUGCUGCUUCCCUUACAUUACUCCGCAGAGAUAUGUCCCUCAAUCGGCGUCUCUAUGCAUGGCUCCUAGGCACAGACAUCAAAGGAGAAAUGGUUGCUCCACAUCCAACCUUGUCUUCUUCGGCAGAGGAACAUAUGUUGUUUUACUUCAACACAUACUCUAAAGAUCUGAUUGUGCAGGGUCUGAUUAACAUCCUCAAACAGAAGGAUGUUGAGAAAAAAACGGAGAAUGUGAUUGGCUACCUCAGGCCUUUUCGCAUCAUGAUUAGCCUGCUGGAUAAACCGGAGUUAGGUCCAGCGGUCCUGAGCAGUGUGCUGUUAGAGGUGGUCCGAGCCUUUUACAGCUAUUGCCGAAAGAUGCUGGGCGAGGAUACCAUCACCAGCUCAAGGCUCUCGGGCAACCAAUUAGCCAGCAUGAUUAAAGAGAACAAGAAUGCUUCGGAGAUCAUAAAGACGAUGAAUAUGCUUGUGAGCUCCAUGAACAGUGAAUACCUGUGGGAGUACAUGACUCAGUGCUUUUGCACAUCUCUCAGUGACAAGGACGAUGCACCAAAGCCGCAGCAUGACAGCAGUUGUCCUGCUCCCUCUGUCACAGAAAUGUCGACUCUCAUCAUUUUUCUGCUUGAUGUUCUUCCUCUGGAGCUCCAUGUUAAUAUCCAGUCCCACCUCCUUCCUGAGAUGCUGGGCACGAUGCUGCAAACCCUGCAUGGCCACAUGGACUCUGUUCGCUUGGAAGAUGUCACACAGGGCCUGCGCGCAUGCUUCAAGAUCCUGAGUAAGAUCCAAAUGCCUGUGGCGUUCAUGGACUUUGAGAAAGGAGCCCACACAAGAGGGAUGGAGGUCCAAGCGCAAGAAGAGGAUGAAAGUAUUCCUAAGGAUCUAGAGAAGGGAGAAGAGGGAGAAGACGGUGUUACCGAAGGUAAUGCUCACCACGAAGAUGAAGAGUUGAACAGAGAUGUGAAUGAGGACGAGCAUGCAGACGGAGUCUACACGACACUCCGCUCAGAGGAUAGCGGGCUGGGCAUCAGUGCCUCGCCAUCUGAGCAGCAUCUCCCACCGUCCAUGGGCUCCAUGGGAAAUGGGAUGUGCAAAAAUGUUCAUGGAGUGUGGAGAAUGGGUGGCAGUGUCGACACGACAACUCAGUGUCUGCAGGAAAUCCUCGCUUUCAUAGCCACAAGACACCUGCUGGUACAGGUGGAGGAGGUUGAUGCGCAGGAGGAAAAGUCCAAGACUGACGUCAUGACUGUCCCUGUGGCUAAGAACACUUUAUUACGAAGCAUAGGAGGAUUGGAAAUUCAAGACAAACUGACAGGGCUGUUCACCCCAAACAAGUUAAAACAGCAGCAUGUAUCUGAGGUCCUACAAGCAGAAAAGAAAAAAGAGCGCAGUUGUUGUCUGGAUUGGGCUGCUGGGUACCGGCCCCGAGGCAGAGCUGAGAUCACCGAGGCAUGUCGACAGGCCUUCGCUGCCACCUGUAACCUGCUUCUGGAGUGCACCACCUUCCCUGUUUACCUAACUGAAGAGGAGGCCCUGACUCUCCACACAGACAUGUUUGGCCAAGCAGGAGGUGACGCAGAAAGCUUGCCCAUGUGGCUGAGGUCCUUGAUGACACUGUGCUGCAUGUCAAGGGACUACAAAAUUCAGUACACUGCAGCGGCCUCUCUCUUGGAGCUCAUCAACUACUCCCAGUCCUUAGCGCUGGUCAUCCAGGACAGGAGGAGGCGCUACCAGUCUGACUCCAACCCGCUGAGUGGGCAGCUGCAGAUGAUCACCAUGCCCCCCAUUUUUCCCGCUUUGCUUAGCACCAUACAGGAAGACACUGACUUUUACCAGAGGGUCGCAAUGGUGCUUUGGAGCCAGCUGGACACAGAGCGUCGAGAGCAGCACACAGCCUGUGUGGAGCUCUUUUACCGCCUUCACUGUUUGGCUCCAUCAGCAACCAUCUGUGAAGACAUUAUCUGCCAGGCGCUAUUGCACAAGGACAAGGCUGUUCGGCUUGAAGCGCUACACCGCUUCUCGAUCCUCUGGCACCUGACCCGUGAUAUCCACUUGAACAGGAACUGCCGCUCUUUUGACAGGUCACUAUGUGUUGUGUUGGAGAGUCUAAGCUGCACGGACGGUUCAAUAAGUGCAGCCGCACAGUGCUGGCUGGCGCGAGCUCUGUCCCUCAAUGAUGUAAUCCGAAUCCUAGAGCCCAUCCUGCUCUUGCUGCUUCACCCGUCCACUCAGCGCUGCUCCAUUCAGGCCAUCAAACAAAAUGUCACAGCUGGCAACCUCAAGAUUCUAAACAACAGAAGUCGCUGGUCUGCCAAAGCAGUGGAUGACAUGGCUACUGAAAGCAACCCCUUGAAUCUCCGAAAUGUCAUCGACCGAGAAUCCCUGUGGCUACAAUUAGACAGUGGUCCCGAGUUGUCAAAUCUAAGCGACACUUUGGCAGCAUCCAGGACUGAGAGCGAGGAGACGGAGGAGGAGGAUGGAGAGGAGGAUGAAGAAGCAGCCGUCAAAAGCGAGCACACGGAAUCGGCUGACACUAGCGGCGCCCACGUGUCCACGGAGAAUUCCGGCUCUGGUACUGAGGAGGGAGGAAUGGUCAACGGCUUGCAAAGAGUGGAGUCUGAGCGCACGCAGGCGUCAGAUUCGCUGUCGAGCGAGGACGACGAGGAUCUGGAGUUGGAGGCGAUGGCCAGAUCUCGUCUGUUAAAACAGGAGCGUGAGAAGAAAGAAGCCAUUGGUUCACUGUUCCAUCAUGUGCUUCUGUAUCAGAUGGCGGGCGGUUGGCGUCAUCUGCUCCAAGGCUUGGCGCUGCUCGAUAGUCUGCUGAGGAGCAGCGCUGAGUGCCCUCUAGUGGAGGCCUUCUCCUCCACUUCUCUGGACACCAGCUCGGCCGCUCACCUCAACCUUGUUUCCAACCUCUUGCAGCGUCACCAGCAAGCUCAGGAGGGGCUGAACUUCUAUGGCGGUUUGCUUUCCCCUUCAUCCUCCCCCUCUGUUCCCCCUUCUCUCCUCAUAGAGCUGCUAAUGAACUUAUGCCUCCGAUUUCUCUGCUCUCAUUACUCAUCCUACCAGAGCAUUGGGCCUUUUGACUUGCAGGGCAAUAGAGAGGUUAAGGUGAAGAGCGUAGAAGUGCUGACGCGAAUGGUGAAUCAGCUCACUUGCAUGGCACAAGGACAAGAGGGUAGCCUGGAGCACAUUCGCAGACUCCUCACUGGAUGUAAAGUGCAGGAAUAUGCUUUACUUACACUUUCAGCUUCUAUGUAUAUAAGCCAAAGAGGAACGGACAAGGGAACAACAUCCAAGGGUCUUGAGCUGCUGGAUGAAGAUGUUGGACUGUCUGAGGAGAGUCUUGUGAAUGUCGGGAAGGGAGAAGGGCAGGAGCAAUAUCCCUUACAAAUGGAAUUGCUCAAACUCCUCCAGGCUCUCAUAGUCUUGGAGUACCAUGUCUGGCCCAGUGGGGCUGGAUCCGGCGGGACCUCCGGUCAGCCUGUGGAGUCCCCGACCAGCAGUAACCCCCUCACUCGGGGUUGGCAAACGGCCGUCCUGUUCCAGCAGUCCAUCAAGGCAGCCCAGUACGUCCAAAGCCACCCCAUCACUGCCCAGGGAAUGUUCGUUUCCGCCGCCGCCAGGGCUCUGCAACCGCAAUAUGGCUACGCCAUGCACCCCCACUGGGUAGCACUGCUGUGCUCCACUCUGCCGUACUUGGGCCGCUCAUUGGGCAUCAUUGUGGCUCCCCUUAUCAAUCAAAUUUGCAGGAACUUGGAUGAACUGGUGAAGCUUUUUGAGCAUGAUGGAGGAAGAACAAAUCAGAGUGUAACUGGCAGGCGGGAGAACAUUGCACCAGACUAUCAUCUGACGCUUCUAGAAGGCCUGACCACCAUUACACACUACUGUCUGCUGGACAACAAGCGGACAUUGGUUGUGUGCGAAUCUGUUGACAUCCGAAACGCACGCAGCGCCGUGCUGGAGGCGCUGCCGCAAAUGCUCAAUAGCAUGGCGCUGCUAUGGGGUGUGGUUAUGAAAGAAGAGUCCCACAAGCGGGGGAUGCCUGACUCUGCCCAAAGCAGCAAGCACAGUUCAUCUGUCUUCUUUAAAAGCACCAAAAUUUUACGGCAGCGGAUAUUACAGUUCCUGCUUCCGCUGACUGGCCAAUACGGGAUUCCGCUCAUGGCCUCACUGGGAGCAGCCUGGAGCAACAGGAAGAGUAAAAGAAGACACACAAACAAUGUUUUACCUGUGGCCAGUGAGGCUCAUCUAACUAUUGUAGAGCUUGUGAAAUCAUUGAACACCCUGCACACGGACUCAGUCCUACAGUUGGUCAAAGAAGUGGUGAAAAAGCCACACCAGCUCAAAGGGGAUCAGAAGUCAACCCUGGUAGACAUCCCCAUGCUGCAGUUCACUUAUACUUAUAUCAAGAGUGUUACAACACAAGACUUGCAAGAAAGCAUCACUCCUGUCCUCAGUCUACUACGGGAAUCUGUCCCAUUGAACCUGGCUCCCCCUGGUCACUUUUUACUCCUGGGUAUCCUCAAUGAAGUGGUCAAUCGGCUCACCAAUUUGGACAAUAAGAAGGAUACUCGAGAUUUGCAGGAGGUUACUCAGCGCAUCCUGGAGGUUGUGGGCGGAAUCGCGGGUUCGUCCCUCGAACAGACCAGUUGGCUGAGCCGCAGCCUGGAAGUCAAAGUUCAGCCACAGGUGUGCCCUGAAACGGAUGAGCCCGACGACGUGGAUAUGGAUGGCGAUCACUGUGAGUCGAUGGCUCAAGCCAGCACCAUGGUUUCAUCCUCGGCUCCCUCAGUUUACAGCGUGCAGGCCCUUGUGCUCCUGGCUGAGGUCUUGGCACCACUUCUUGAUAUGGUGUACCGCAGUGACGAGAAGGAGAAAGCAGUGCCUCUCAUUUCUCGUCUAAUGUACUACGUUUUCCCCUACUUGAAGAAUCAUAGUGCCUACAAUAUGCCCAGCUUUGAGGCCGGAGCGCAGCUCUUGAGCAGCUUGAGUGGUUAUGCCUACAGCAAGAGAGCCUGGAGGAAAGAGGUUUUUGAGCUCUUCAUGGAUCCCCUUUUCUUCACAAUGGAUGCCUCCUGUGCACCCAGUUGGAAAGCCAUAAUUGACCACUUACUGACUCACGAGAAGACCAUGUUUAAAGACCUCAUCAGCAUGCAAAGUGGCUCCUUGAAGCUGUUUGCCAAUGUCGACCAGAAACCCAUGCUCCUCAAGCGGCAGGCAUUUGCAAUGUUUAGUGGAGAACUCGAUCAGUAUCAUCUCUAUCUACCCCUCAUUCAAGAGCGCCUCACGGAGGCUUUACGAAUGAAUCCCAGCCCAGCUGUUUCCGCUCAGAUAUUCUUGAUGUUCCGUGUUCUUCUGCUGCGGAUUUCCUGCCAGCACCUGACAUCUCUUUGGCCGAUAAUGGUCACAGAGCUGAUUCGCAUAUUUGCACGUCUCGAGAAAGCUCUGCUGGUAGAAAAAGAUGUCUCAAAGCUGUCUAAAGUCGUACGUGGAGCCUUCGACAGAAAUGCUCCUGUGAAUUUCUCCCAGGCAGAGUUGGACAUGUAUCUGUCGGCUUGCAAGUUUCUGGAUACAUCCUUAGCCUUCCCCCCGGAGAGGAUACCACUCUUUCAGAUGUAUCGGUGGGCAUUUGUUCCAGAAGUCGAUGUGAACCAGUACAGCGGUCCGGAGAGUGCGCUGAUAGAGGGUGAACAGGAUUGCAAGCCCCACGUUGUCCGAAUACUGGAGGGAAUACAGCAACGUUACGGGACCCUCAACGGGCUGAGUGAGGAAUCUGCUACCGAGCACCUGGAAUUCCCACUCCUCACCCAAUGUUCCAUGUCCUCAAUCACCCACUUGUUACCUUUCCUUUUUACCCUAUGCUGUUCCUUCCAGGGGCCGCCCACUCAUAACCACUCAUUUCACGCGGCUCAGGUAGCAGACUACCCAGCAGCCAGCGCAGAUGCCGUGUUGGACAGGCUUGAGCGUAUCAUUGAGGAAGAGUUCCUGGAUGACAUGGAGAACUGAAUGGAAUGGGACUCUGAAAAUGGGCACAGUGCAUUUUUGUUAACUGCUACAUAUGAAAACUGCAAUUUAUUUGAACAUUUUUUCAAAGAUCUGCACAAAAAUACACCAAAUAUGUAUUUAAAAAGCAGAGAGGCUGUGUGGUAAACUAUUUAAUUGUGCUUUUUUUGCAGGCGUUGGGAGUAUAUUUAGACCGUCUUGAAUGUUGUCCUCACUAAUUUAUAAGAAAGGACCCGCAAUGGAUUUAUUUUGCAUUGUUGUGUUUUGGCCACCCGCAUCUUAAAUUGUGGUGUUGGGGUGUGGACCCCUUUCAAAUAUUCAGUAGCCGUGUACUGUACUUGAAUACAACUAACGAGCGCCACCAAUUUUAUCGACUAAACAUUCGUCUUCUGAUGUCUGACCUCGAGAAUGUUCUGUUUAGUCUUGAGGUGUCUCUUGAUUGUUUUUGGAUCUCACAGCCCCCGGUUUAUACUUAUAUUUUAUGUUGUUUACAUGCCAUUUUGGGUAUUAAGGGAAAUAUGAUUUAAGUGUUCCAAAAUUACUUUUACCAAUUCCUGCUAAGUUUUAGCCUUGUCUAUGUUAAGAUAUGUGUUAUUGUUUAAAUUAUUGCAGAUGUUGAAAGGACCAUGUCAAAGUUGAAAUUAAAAAUUAAGUAAAUU